AGCAAGCGGGACACCUCGGCAUUGUGGCUGGCGGCCUGGGCAGGGGAGGAUGCCGGAGCCCAGCUGAGUGGCCGGUGGAGGAGAGCGCGGGCGGGCGGGCUGCCAGCCGGGAGGAGGAGGAGGAGAAGGAGGAGAAGGAGGAGGAGGAGGAGGAGGAGCUGCUGAGGGCUGAGCUGCGCUGCGCUGACCGCACUCACUCGUUGCUCAACUUCGGAGAGAGCGGAGGGAGCUACCGGAGCCCGCAGGCAAGGAGGGGCACGAAGUAGCCUGGCACCGGAGAAGGCACCGGGCGCCGCCGCGCUCCCAGUCCUUGCGCGGCGCAGCGGCGGCGGCCGCCUCCUCCGCGCCGCUCCGCGCCCGGGUGCCAGUGCCCCGUGCCUCCCUCCCCAAAGCGUGGCUGGCAGUGCCCCCAGGGUGGGCACGGGCUGGCGCGGCCGGGCGGCCGGGGGCCGGAGGUUGGAGGUACUCGGGAGGACGAGGACGAGAAGGAAGAGGCGGCGGCGGCGGCGGCGGCGGCGAGGCUGGGGCCAGGGAGAGAUCCCCGGGGGAGAGGCGCCGGAGCCUGGCCGGGGAACGAUGUUAGCUCGGAGCGCGGCAGCUGCGGCGGCGGCGGCCCCGACAGCGCGGGGGGCGCGCCUCCUGGCCUUGCUGCUGCUCUGGAACUUGAGGCUGUGCGGAGCAGGAAUCGAGUAUGGUGAAGUUCUACCAGAUUCCUUCCCAUCGGCCCCUGCUGAGCCCUUGCCCCACUUCCUGCAAGAGCCCCAGGAUGCUUAUAUUGUGAAGAACAAGCCUGUGGAGCUGCUGUGCCGAGCCAACCCAGCCACCCAGAUCUACUUCAAGUGCAAUGGUGAAUGGGUCAACCAGAAUGACCACCUCACCAAGGAGAGCCUGGACGAGGUCACGGGCCUGCUGGUGCGGGAGGUGCAGAUCGAGGUGUCCCGGCAGCAAGUGGAGGAGCUGUUCGGGCUGGAGGAUUACUGGUGUCAGUGCGUGGCCUGGAGCUCGGCCGGCACCACCAAGAGCCGUCGGGCCUACAUCCGAAUUGCUUACCUCCGCAAGAACUUUGACCAGGAGCCGCUGGGGAAGGAGGUGCCCCUGGAGCACGAGGUGCUCUUGCAGUGCCGGCCCCCCGAGGGGGUGCCCCCCGCAGAGGUCGAGUGGCUGAAGAACGAGGACGUCAUCGACCCUGCUCAGGACAGCAACUACCUGCUCACCAUUGACCACAACCUCAUCAUCCGGCAGGCCCGGCUCUCGGACACGGCCAACUACACGUGUGUGGCCAAGAACAUCGUGGCCAAACGCCGGAGCACCACGGCCACCAUCAUUGUUUAUGUGAAUGGUGGCUGGUCCACCUGGUCAGAGUGGUCUCCCUGCAGCAACCGCUGUGGGCGGGGCUGGCAGAAUCGCACCCGGACCUGCAGUAACCCUGCGCCCCUCAAUGGCGGUGCAUUCUGUGAGGGGCAGGCCUUCCAGAAGGUCGCCUGUACCACCAUGUGCCCAGUAGACGGAGCGUGGACAGGAUGGAGUAAGUGGUCGGCCUGCAGCACAGAAUGCACGCACUGGCGCAGCCGGGAAUGCACGGCCCCCCCACCCCAGAACGGGGGUCGGGACUGCAGCGGGACGCUUCUGGAUUCCAAGAACUGCACGGAUGGGCUGUGCACUCAGAAUAAAAGAGUUCUAACUGAACCCAAUAGCCACCUGAUGGAGGCAACAGGAGACGUGGCUCUCUAUGCGGGCCUGGUGGUGGCCAUCUUCGUCUUCAUCGUCAUCCUCAUGGCCGUUGGGGUGGUGGUGUACCGGCGCAGCUGCCGCGACUUCGACACCGACAUCACCGAUUCAUCCGCCGCCCUCACUGGUGGCUUCCACCCGGUUAACUUCAAGACAGCCCGGCACAACAACCCGCAACUAUUGCACCCAUCCGUGCCUCCUGACCUCACAGCCAGUGCAGGCAUCUACCGAGGGCCUGUGUUUGCUCUGCAGGACUCUUCGGAUAAGAUUCCUAUGACCAACUCACCCUUGCUUGAUCCUCUGCCCAGCCUGAAGAUCAAGGUGUACAAUUCAUCCACCACAUCAUCCACUCCGGGUCUGCCUGAUAGAGCUGACCUGCUGGGAGUCCUGCCUGUGGGCACCUACCCGGGUGAGGGGAUCCGGGAUGCUCACUUCCUCAACCUGAGAAAUGCCAGCCUCAGCUCCCAGCAGCCCCUGGGACUGCCUCGAGAUCCUAGCAACUGUGCCAGUGGGACAUUUGGCUGCCUCGGGGGGAGACUCACUAUUCCUGGCACAGGGGUGAGCCUGCUGGUCCCCAAUGGAGCCAUCCCCCAGGGGAAAUUCUACGAGAUGUACCUGCUGAUCAACAAAGCAGAGAACACCCUUUUACCUUCGGAAGGGACCCAGACAGUAUUGAGUCCCAUGGUGACCUGCGGGCCCACGGGACUGCUUCUCUGCCGCCCGGUUAUCCUCACGGUCCCCCACUGUGCUGAGGUCAGCUCCGGUGACUGGAUCUUCCAGCUGAAGACUCAGUCCCACCAGGGGAACUGGGAGGAGGUCGUGACUCUAGAGGAGGAGACCCUGAACACCCCCUGCUACUGCCAGCUGGAAGCCAAGUCCUGCCACAUCCUUCUGGACCAGCUGGGCACCUACGUGUUCAUGGGGGAAUCUUACUCCCGCUCUGCCAUCAAACGGCUCCAGUUGGCCAUCUUUGCCCCUGCGCUCUGCACCUCUCUGGAGUACAGCCUCAGAGUCUACUGCCUGGAAGACACACCUGAUGCGCUCAAGGAGGUGCUGGAGUUGGAGAAGACCCUAGGUGGGUACCUGCUGGAGGAGCCCAAGCCCCUGCUUUUUAAGGACAGCUACCACAACCUCCGCCUUUCCAUCCACGAUAUCCCCCAUGCCCUGUGGAGAAGCAAGCUGCUGGCCAAGUACCAGGAAAUCCCCUUCUACCACAUCUGGAGCGGGACCCAGAAGGCCCUGCACUGUACCUUCACCUUGGAAAGAUACAGCCUCACCUCCACGGAGCUCACCUGCAAGAUUUGUGUGCGGCAGGUGGAAGGGGAGGGCCAGAUAUUCCAGCUGCACACGACACUGGCCGAGACGGCCGCCGGCUCCCUGGACAACUUCUGCUCUGCGCCCAGCAGUGCGGUGACCACCCAGGUGGGGCCCUACGCCUUCAAGAUCCCAUUGUCCAUCCGGCAGAAGAUCUGCAACAGCCUCGAUGCUCCCAACUCCCGGGGAAAUGACUGGAGGCUGUUGGCCCAGAAGCUGUCUAUGGAUAGGUACCUGAACUAUUUUGCCACCAAAGCAAGCCCCACGGGGGUGAUCCUGGAUCUGUGGGAAUCCCUGCACCAGGACGACGGUGACCUCAAUACCCUGGCCAGUGCCUUGGAAGAAAUGGGCAAGAGUGAGAUGCUGGUGGUCAUGGCCACGGACGGUGACUGCUGAUGCCAUCCUGACUGCCAGCCAUGGACAGAGGAAGGGUGGAACUAUAGGGGGCAGGACAGGAUGAGAGCACAGGGAAAAGGGGGGUGAGUUUGGGGAUGAGGAGAUGUCCUCUCCCCCCUCACCCCACCACUGCAGACAGGGGUCUCCCCGUUCUCUUCCUCUUCCUCUUCCCACUCUCACUUACCAUAACCAGCCUUAGGAAAGCUACACACUCCAUUGACAAGAGAGCCUAGAAUCCCCCAGCCCCAGAUUCUAUCUCUUCCUGCUCCAACCCUCCUGCCGCAGGGAACUUGGGACCACGGCUCUGUGACGACGAGAGUCUCAGUCGAAGGGGGAGGUGACCCCUCCACCACCACCCCACAGACAUAUAUAUGCACAACGGCUCCCACGGCCCUCAGAGACCAGGGCUCUCUCUAAGGCUUCUGGGUUGGAUUCUCUUUCCAUUUCUUUUAAAUGAUGGGUUUCUCUCUCCUCCUAAUGCCCUACCCCACUCUCCUCCUUUAACAUCACUUUAUGCUUUGAAGAAGUCCAGUAUGAUCUAGACAAAUUGCUUUCUUCUGUCAAAAAGAGAGAGAGAGAAAGAGAGAGCUUUAGAUAGAUGGCAAUUAAAAGGUCAAAGAAGAAAACCACAAAAGCCGCAACGAAGGAAAAAAAAGAGGGGAAAAAACCCAGUUUCUUAGGAAACGCAAAACGAUUUAUUAUCCAGAUCUUUGGAUGAGUCCUUUUUAAGAAAAAAAAAGAAAGAAAACUAAAAACAAACAAAAAAAAGAUUUAAAAACUGUUUCCUUGAGUGGAUGAGUGUGUGCAUUUGGGGGUGUGGACAAAAGUUGCAAAGAACACAGAAAUUGAGGGAGGAAGGAGGGAGAGAGGGAGGGAAGGAGACCAGUAGAGGCUGACUGGAAAAGAAAUCAAUCUUGGGCUAAAUUCAGAAGAGAUCUGUGACAACAAGAAGGCUAAAUCACCUGGCUUUGCUCAUCUCCAGAUGCCUAAGAAUGGUUCCCCCCCCAUUUCUCUGGGGUUUAGGGGGAGAAGGAAAAAGAGAGGUUUCUCCUGAGCAGGGUGAAGGGAGGGGAGUGCGAUAGCAUCAUCGGAAAGGGUUGACACUGGUCGGUAUCCUGGCUGAUGCUGAUGCUAAAAUUAUUAGUAGGGGGCAGCUGGGUGGCGCAAUGGAUAGAGCACCAGUCCUGAAGUCGGGAGG